CAUAGAAACUGCGUCGUAAUUGCGAUAUGGCGGGAAACUAUAUAGUUGGCACUAGUGGGCACUCGUUGUUUAUGCGACGAUCUUUCAAAUAUUCCGUUUGAAUUUGUAUGGAAUCUAUUUAAUUGUGAUAUGAUCAAAAAUGUCUCCUUCCAGAUCUAGAAAAAGUAGCUCAAGACGCUCUUCUAUUCUUAAGCUUCCUAAACACCGCCAAGAUCUACAAAAUUUAAAUGAUAACAAUUCAUCAAAUGACAAUAGCCCUGCUAAUACAUUAAAAUUUAAAAGACGAGUUAGCUUUGCAGAAAAGAAGCAUGUCAAAGAAUUUUGUAAUUCCGUGGAGCAAGGAACUGUAUGGGAUAGUACAUAUGAAGAACAUGAUUUGAGUAACUUGAAAAUGCCAGAUACUUCUAAUCAAGAAGAACAUAAUGUUCAUAUUGUUCAUAAAGAAAACAUUGUUUAUUUUAAUCAAGAAAAUAAUAUACAAUUUGUAUCUAAUGUAAAUGAUAAUGGUACAAAGAGUAGGGAUAUGUUGUUAAGUCAGCCUGAAAUUUCAGUACAUUAUAAUAACUUAAAUGCUACAUCUACUCAAGAUAUUCAUAUGGAAUUUACUGAAGUUGUUUCUCACACUGUAUAUCGCGAUGUAAAUUAUAUUCAAAACAAUCAGUUAGUGGAAACACUUCAGAAUUCAUCAAUGGAAUUGACUCAACCAAUUUAUUCUUCUAUAAAUACAUUACAAAAUUUUCAACAGGAGCAUGAUAUUCAAAGACUUAAUUCUCAGCCCAAAUUAAAUAACUUAAAUGUAACAGCAGUAGAUUCAAAUGCAUCAAUGGAAUUCACUGUAGCAGUAUCAUCUAUCAUUAAACCUGUUGAUGAUGCUAAUAAAGAAAAUGUAUCAAUAUAUUCUGAAAAUAACAGAACCAGAAGGUUUGAUAAUGUUACAAUGGAAAUAAUUACACCAGUACCCUCAGUGCCAGUAGUACUACAUAGACUGCAGGAACCACUUGAUAAUAUUCCAAUGGAAAUAACUGCACCAGUACCAUCUAUCAUUAAACCUGUUGAUGAUGCUAAUAAAGAAAAUGUAUCAAUAUAUUCUGAAAAUAACAGAACCAGAAGGUUUGAUAAUGUUUCAAUGGAAAUAACUACACCAGUACCCUCGGUGCCAGUAGUACUACAUAGACUGCAGGAACCACUUGAUAAUAUUCCAAUGGAAAUAACUGCACCAGUACCAUCUAUCAUUAAACCUGUUGAUGAUGCUAAUAAAGAAAAUGUAUCAAUAUAUUCUGAAAAUAACAGAACCAGAAGGUUUGAUAAUGUUUCAAUGGAAAUAACUACACCAGUACCCUCAGUGCCAGUAGUACUGCACAGACUGCAGGAACCACUUGAUAAUAUUCCAAUGGAAAUAACUGCACCAGUACCAUCAGUGUCAUCAGUACUACAUAGCUUGCAGCAAACAGUUACUAAUAAUGAAAUAGGAACUUGUGAUUCAGUGAUACCUGUUGGAAAUAAAGUUACCAUUUUUCAUGAUAAUUCAAUGGAAAUGACUAGUGCUGUGAAAACACAGGUUAAUAGAGAUACAAAUUGCCAGUUUGAUGAAGGCAAUAUAUCAACAGUAACAGAAGAAGCAGGUUUUAAGUAUGACAAUGAAAAAACUAAAGUACUAAGCAUGUCUAUGGAAGUGACUGAAGCUAUGAAUAUGCAUUCCAUAGCUAAAAGUCAAGAAAGAAAAGAAAGAAAUCGUCAAAUUACAGAUGCUUCUAUUGAAAAUGAUUUGAGAAAAGUAAGGUCUUAUUUAGACUGCUGUGAAGCAUCAACUAAUCCUGAUAAAACCAGUAUGUAUGAUAAUGAAGUAAUGGAAUUUACUGAAGCUAUAAGAACUUCAUCUAAAAAGAUGCCUGAUAAAACAUCACUUACUGCAGAUAAAACCAACAUGUAUGAUAAUGAAGCAAUGGAAUUUACUGAAGCUGUAAGAACUCCGCCUAAAAAGAUGCACAAUAAAAUAUUUCUUAAUGCUGAUAAAACUAAUAUGUAUGAUAAUGAAGCAAUGGAAUUUACUGAAGCUAUAAGAACUUCACCUAAAAAUAAUUUAACAAAUACUGAACACGUACAAAAUAGUCAGUGGAGUAAUGAUGAUGAAGACAAUAGUGUAAACUUGGUAACAAAUAAGACUACCAUUUGUCAGAAUAAUUCAAUGACAAUUACAAACAUAGUAUUACCAUCUAGUAUGAAAGAUGACUUUAAAAAUGUAACUGAAGAUCAUGAAUCAAACAUAAAUAAUCCAGAAUUGAUUAAAACAGUUGAAUAUCCAAAUAUGUCUAUGGAUAUUACAGAAGAUGCACCGGUAUUACAAUGUCAUUUUUCAAGAGAGAACAGUGUUAUAAAUUCUGCUUAUGUUAAAGAACCAGUAUUACUUGAAAAUAAAGAUAAAGAUUCGUUAGAUUCGAAUAUAGUACCUGGUAAUAUCUUGAAAGACAUUACUGACAUAGUAGUUCCAUCUCUAUCAGAAUCAAAUUUAAUUAUGGACAAAGAAAUGCGCCUAGCAGAUGAUUCUUUACAAUAUUUAAAAAGCAUUGCUACAAAAACAUCUGCUUUGACAGAACAUGAAAAUUCUGUUAGUAAUAUAUCUGACACAGUUUUACUUGAAUUAAAGCAACAAGAUGCUGAUGUUUUGACUUUAAAAGAAAAUAUCAGGAGGGAAACUUAUGUUCUUCAUAGCCCUAAAUUUCAUGAUCCUAGUAUUGUAAUUCCAGAGUUCCAAUCACAAAAUACUAUAUCAAAUCCAAGAAGAACAUACAUCAUUCAGCCAUUAAAUAUAGAUCAUUCUUGUAACAAAGAGAAUGAUAAAACAAGUGAUAAUGUCAAUAAUGAGAUAAAGAAUGAUAGUGUUUGUUACACAUCAAAUGAUAAAACAAGCUGUACAAGAAGCAGUCUAAAUAACACAGGCAACUUGCAAAACAAUGAUGAUAAACAUUUAACAGAAGAAGAUGUUAUGUUUUUCAAUAACAGUUUAGAGGAAUUACAUACCAUUACACCACCAUCAUUUCUUUGUUUGGAAGAUUCAGAUUCAGAUACACUUGUAGAUGCUGAUGUAGAAGUGAAUCUUAAUUCCAAUAAUAUUAAAAAUUCAGAGGCCAGUGAAGAAGAAAAUAUCUUAGAAAAUAGAUGUAAUUUAGAAAAUAUAAGUGAUAUUCAUGAAGAAAGUUUAAAGACGGAUGAAGUAGUUGGUGUACAAAUUGGACAAAUAGAUAAAGAUUGUUCAGAAGUAUAUUUAAGCCCACGUUCAGAAUCUCAUGAGUCGCCUGAACAAAAAGAUAUGUCGAUCGAAUUAGAUCCUUUCUCUUCACUAAUGAACAAACUGAAAGUUUGUGCUGAAAGUGACAAAAUUAUUUGGGAAGUCUACCAUGAAAAUAUUGAAAGGAACCUGUUUGUAAUUGGUUUUGUAUCUUCUUCAUUGUUAGUAGUAAUUUAUUUAAAGGAUAACUUUGAUGCUUUAGGUGACGAGCUUAUUAAAGAAAUUAAAAUAUAUUCUCGCCUGGCAGACGAUGCUGACGCAUUAAUAAGCUUAGUUCAUCGAAUAAUCAUGGAAAAAUUAGAUGCUCAAGUAUUGGCGGAUUUAUGCAAAAAUUGCGGGGAUAUUUUUUCAAUACUAGAUAAUAUUUCAAAAGAAGUAAAACUAGCUAUGGAUUUUAUGUUCGAUGUGGAACGUAUAAGAGACAUAAAUUUGAUGGAAAUAACUCGUGACAGCGUAUCUUUCAUAGCAUUUGCCAAAAGGAAAGACAUUAUAUUGAGGGUCACAGUAGACAUUAAACCAUUUCACAAAAUUGAAUCCAAAGAUAUUUCUGUACAUUGUAGAUUAGGGUCUGUAAGAGAGGAGGAUGUUAAACUGUUAAUAACGAAUAUAAAACGAGACUAUAAAUUUUUAAGGAGAUACAUAAGUGACGUGAAAGAUUACAUAUACUUGAUGGAAGAAUCUGUUAAUAUAAUUUUAUAAAAACACCGUUCUCAAUGUACUCUACUAACAUAACAAU